AGAAUGCUUCUAUCUUUCUCACCCGAAAACCAAUCAAUUCGCAUAAUCAAUCUCAAACAAGACGAUUCGCGAAACUCACAGUUCACUCUGAAGCCGAUUCAGCUUCUUGGCAUCUCAGUGAUACGAAAUUGAAGGAUAAAAAUGGCAGAAGUCGUUAAAAAAUUCUUCAUUGCUUCGAUGUUCAUGUGGAUAGCCCCUCUCGCAAUCUUAUUUGGUUUUAAUCAUAAUUUGCUUCCUGGUUCAGCCCAUUUGUCGCCUUACGGCAUGACUCUGUUGAGUGGAUUACUUGCUGUUUUAUCUGUCAAUAUAGUUAUUGCAUUUUAUAUUUAUCUGGCAAUUAAGGAACCUUCGGACAAACACGAGCCAGAUCCUGCAUUUCUUGCUAAAGCCAAAGCUAGUAUCAGCCAGCCUAUUGGCAAAGCAGAGUUUUCUUCCGACUCCUCUAAGAAAGACAAGUAGUACAGCCUUUCUCAUUUCACCAGUAGAAAUAGUGAAACUGAACCAUGUUGCUGGCAGAGUUUCUAAUGGGAUAAUAGCUUUAAUCUACUUGCUUGUAUAUCGUUUGUACGAGGCUCAAGAUGUAUGAUUACUGUCCUUUGAUACUUUGUUUUUGAUAAAUGAAAUUUGGCAUUUUGUUAGCUAA